CGCAUGUCAAAAGAAAACUUCCGCUACAAAUGUAAUUUCUCCAUGCUGAGGAUAUUUUCAUUAGUAAAUCAAAAUCAUGGCUCGUAUUUUUAAUAAUAUUGGGAAACUUGGCCUUGCAUUAGCUGUUACCGGAGGAGUAGUCCAGUCAGCACUUUAUAAUGUUGAUGGCGGUCAAAGGGCAGUCAUUUUUGACAGGCUCAGGGGAGUGCAAGAUGAAGUAGUAGGAGAAGGAACACAUUUUUUGAUUCCAUGGAUACAGAAACCUAUAAUAUUUGACAUUAGAUCUAAGCCAAGGAAUGUCCCUACAUUUACAGGAAGCAAAGAUUUACAAAAUGUUAACAUCACACUAAGAAUUCUAUUUCGACCCCAAGUGCCAGCAUUACCAAAAAUCUAUACAAAUUUGGGAAUAGACUAUGAUGAAAGAGUUUUACCUUCUAUUACAACAGAAGUUCUGAAAGCAGUAGUUGCCCAGUUUGAUGCAAGUGACCUAAUUACUCAGAGAGAGCUUGUCUCCACUAGAGUCAGUGAAGAAUUAACAGAAAGAGCCCUACAGUUUGGACUUAUUCUGGAUGAUAUUUCAUUAACUCAUCUUACAUUUGGGCGUGAGUUCACUGAUGCAGUAGAAGCCAAGCAAGUAGCCCAGCAAGAGGCAGAGAGGGCCAGAUACAUUGUAGAAAAGGCUGAGCAGCAAAAGAAAGCUGCCAUCAUAUCUGCUGAAGGAGACUCCAAAGCAGCAGAACUUCUGGCCCAAGCUUUUGGUAAAGCUGGAGAGGGUCUAGUUGAGUUAAGAAAGAUAGAAGCAGCUGAGGACAUAGCUUUUCAACUCUCCAAAUCAAGAAAUGUUGUCUACCUGCCCCAGGGUCAACAAACUCUGCUUUCCUUGCCUCAAGUUUAAAAUUGCUGUAAAGGAUUUGUGAUAAUCUUGACUUUCCUGUCUAGGCCUGGAUGAACAUAACACAUUUGUUUUUUUUUUUAAUUUACAGAAACUUCAUAAACAUCAUAUUGUCAUAUUGAUGUAGAUUACAUUAUUUGUACAUUGAUUAAAAUGUUGUAAAAUAA